GGCUGUCAUUUGCACACAGCGAGAGAGAGAGAGAGAGAGCCGGGUUGCGGGUUGGGUUAGAGUUUGCGGUCGAGAGGAUGACGCUGAUGUUGAGAUGAGAUGAUGAAGGCAAAGAAUCUCUGCGUCUGCCGCCGUGGUCCGUCGGCGGCCGCCUUCGCCCUGGUCGGCUUUCUGCUUGUCUCCGGCUUCGCCGGAUACCCGGCGUUGGCUGUUUCUGAUCCUGACGUCUGCCCCGUGCAACCGGCGGUCGAUGCUGUCCUUUCCAGACGGGGAUGCCCUCUCCCUUUCCCUGUUGCCCCUUUGCAGGUGGAUGGUGAUACCCUCGAUGAGCUUCUGACGUCUGGGUUCAUGAGUGAGGCAUAUACAUCUGUACUUUUCUAUGCAACUUGGUGCCCCUUCUCGGUCAAUGGAAAGGCUGCAUUUGACAUGCUUAAUUCCUUGUUUCCAUGCAUCAGACACUUGGCAGUCGAAGAAUCAUCUGCUUUACCAAGCGUCUUUUCAAGAUAUGGAGUUCAUAGUUUACCUGCAUUUCUCAUAGUAAACCAGACAACCAAGGUUCGCUAUCAUGGGCCAAAGGACAUUGAUUCCCUCAUAGGGUUUUAUAAGAAAAUCACAGGUACUGAAGCUGAAUUAUGUCCUACGAAGGAGAAUGUAGGGGAGGAAGCUACUAUAAGGCUACGCCAUGGUUCCAUGUGGGAGACGCUGAUGAGGGAACGCUACCUUGCCCUUUCGGUCUUGUUUCUGUGUUUCCGUGCUUUCAUCUACAUAUGCCCAUGGCUGUUUUGCCGAAUGAAAGUGUUGUGGAACAUACAUGGUCGGCGCAUAAGCUUGGGAAGGGUCUUUGAGAACAGAAGUCCAUUACUGGAACAAGCAACGCAUGUUCUGAACGUAAAGAGGUUAUGGAGCAAGUUGAGGCUGUCGGAGAUGAGGAAGUUUCAGAAAGGAGCAAGAAGUGCGAAGGUUUGGGCCUCCUCUCUUGCUUCAGUAUCGCUUGGUGAGUCAUCAUCGUCUUGUACCAUGAGAAUGGAGGGGUAACGGAACGCAAGCAUGCUUUGCUGCUUCCGUGCCUCCGCCGUUUUUUCCUCUACUUCGUUUCUUCGGCUGUUGUCUGAAUGGGGAUCUGUAUAUGAGAUGUUUGUAUAUUAUUCAAUUAAAGCCAGCUUUUCCGGUCAAUUUGUAGGUAACUGAUGCGGCGGCGGAUUUAUUGGUAAAAUAUUAUUCCAAGA